AUGAAUCCCUUCCGUAAUGCGAAGAAAGAAUACGUUCCUGAAAUGAAUAUUACAAUAUCGGAAGAGGAAGAAUUGUUCUUCAUUAAAUCAUCCUUCUACUCAUCCAUUCUGCUUACCAUGGUCUCGAUUGUUGCAUUGGCUGUGAACCUCUAUUUACUCAAUUGUUCUCGGUACCUUCGUAGACCGAUUGGUGUGAAUUUACGUUUGUGCGUAAGUCUGACUGCGUCAGACGCCCUAUGCGCAUUCUUCUAUAUCCUCACCUACAUGAUUAAUGUGAUCCUACCGAAUAUACUUUCCAAUUGCUGGUCAUUACUACUCGAGGUGUUCAAAUUGGCCACAUUUUUUGCGUCCGUCUUCACGUUGUUAGCGUUAGCGUUGAAUCAUUACAUAGGGAUUGUUUAUCCAUUACAUCGACAUGUGAUAACUCCAAGAAGUGUUCGUUGUGCAAUUGCACUAGCAUAUUUUAUACCGUCUACCGUAUUUUUGGUGAUGUUCUGUACGGUACCAGGUGGAUUUCGUGCUCCGGUUCCAUUUGCAUUUUUCUCGAAAGAUGGCUGCAAUGGAGGAGGGAUUCUUCGAAAUGUUGUGGUCCGAUGGGUGCUUGUGGCACCAUUUAUUCUUUUUAUACUACUGAUAUCAUUCCUAUAUCUUCAUAUUCUUGUCCAUAUGCGUCGAGUUUCAAAGGAUCCACUUUUAGCAACAAAAAAGACGAAAAGAACAAAAAAUCGCAAACUUCUCGUCACAUUAAUGCUUCUCGCUGGAUCUGCUUGUCUAGGAUGGCUCCCAACCACUGUGCUUUUUGUACUUACCUGUGAUAGUUGUCUUAUUCAACUUCCUUUACGAGCAACGAUGUAUUUGCGGAUACUAAGUCACUUGCUCAACGUAUUGAAAUUGAUCACUGAUGCAUUUAUUUAUGCUAGUCGACUUGUUGAAAUUCGUUACGCUAUGUGGAUAUUUCACUCACAUAUUAGUCAUCGUUUUUGCAGUGUUUUUGGUUGGAAACCUUUGCCAAGGACGAUCCCUACGGAGUUUUCAAAAUAUCUUAGUGAAACGAAAGAACAUCGUUCAGUACGGAGCAGAAGAGAAAAUUUCCUCCAUAAAACCGUAUCAGGAGGUACUUCAUUCCGUAAAAAUUCGUUGAUUUCACGCGAUGUGAAUUCAGCUAGUCCCCCUACACAUCGUUGUUCCGUUGACGCAAAAUCGGUUCUUGUACAAGGUCCAUAUGCUUCGUUCCAUAGUGGAUAUUGCCUAAGAUACGCUAUUAUCAUACUAUUAUUAUUAUUAUUAUUAUUAUUAUUAUUAUUAUUAUUAUUAUUAUUAUUAUUAUUAUUAUUAUUAUUAUUAUUAUUAUUAUUAUUAUUAUUAUUAUUAUUAUUAUUAUUAUUAUUAUUAUUAUUAUUAUUAUUUACUAACUGCAUGUAUCAAGUCCCGAAUGAAGUGAAGUAA